ACUACAACAGUUAUGACAAACAGUUAAUUAUUCUCCAGAAUAUUAGGAAUCUGAACGAUAUAGUUAUGGACACAGAGCAGCUUCUAACUGUGGCACAAGCAUCUCCAAGUGUUCAGCAACAGUAUGGAGCUCCACAGCAACUUGCAACCAACUACUUUCUACUUGCAGCCGAACAACAGCCUGCCACCAUGCAACAAGUGGUCCAACCUCCACAAGCUCCUAUAGUGCCAAGUGCUCCAAUACAGCAUGUGAACCAAGUGGCCCCACAGUAUAGUGCUCCGCAGUAUCAGGCUCCCCAGUAUCGUGGUGGCAAUCAUUGUGCACAACAAAUUGUCACGAACACUGGUCAUACGUAUCUGCCCGACUUCAACUACAAACCAAACAACUACCUUGCUCUGACGGUUACCUUGGCAAUUAUCUGUGGAGUUUUCUCCGUUGGGAGUCUCUUCUGUACAGUUCCAGCUAUCAUAUUGUCUGUGAAGAGCAAAGGGGCGACUGCUGCAGGCAAGAUCAAGGAGGGCCGCAGACUGGGAGUGUGUGCAGUCUACCUGGUUAUUGGAGCCAUAGUGUUUGCUCUCAUGAUUGCCAUUGUCCUCACUGGGGCUAUGAUUCCGGUACUCAAGAGCUGCCCCUAUUAUGGAGGAUACUCUUGCAGAUACUAUAGGUAUGGUUAUGGACGCUAAGAUAAGAGCAAGAAAUCAAUGAAAGCUGAUGAAACAGAAUUAUAGUUACUUAUGCAUGUGUUGUAUAUAUAAUUAUACAAGCAAACGAUUUUUAGACAAAACGAACCUAGCUAGAUAGAUAGAUACAUGUAGGCAGAAUAUUGUUACAUUUCCUAGAAUUAUUGUUUUUUUUAAUGAAUGGAACACACUUAACUGUAAA